AUGGACGAUACGGAAAAAGUAGGAGGAAAUCAAAUACUGCCUUUAACACAUGUUCUUGAUAAGCCCGUCGGAACUAUGAGUAAAGUAAUAACGGAGACAGAAGAACCUUCAGUAGCUGAGGUACCAAAUGUUGUACAUAGAAAAUAUAAACUAGUGUAUAGAAACUUUGUAACUUUCGGUUACGGGCAUCUGGCAGCUGUUUAUGGGUUAUAUCUAUGUUUCACGGAAGCAAAAUGGGCAACUAUAGCACUGGGUUAUGUGAUGUUAAUAAUAAGUGAGAUAGGAAUCACAGCUGGCGCCCAUCGCCUUUGGACACACAAGGCAUACAAAGCCAAGUUACCACUACAAAUUAUUUUAAUGCUGAUGAAUUGUAUUUCUUUCCAAAAUACUGUGACCACCUGGGUCAGAGAUCAUCGUCUUCAUCACAAAUAUAGCGAUACUGAUGCUGAUCCACAUAACGCCAGUCGAGGAUUUUUCUUCUCUCAUAUGGGAUGGCUUCUUGUGAAGAAACAUCCAGAAGUCUUGAAAAAAGGAAAGCAAAUCGAUAUGUCUGAUAUUGAAAGCAACCCUGUGCUGGUAUUUCAAAAAAUGUACGCCUUUCCUUUAAUAGCUAUGGUUUGCUUUAUCCUGCCAACAAUUGUUCCGGUCUACUGCUGGGGAGAGAGCUGGUCUAUUUCCUGGCACAUCAAUAUGCUUCGAUAUAUUUUAAAUCUCCAUAUAACAUUUAUGGUUAACAGCGUUGCCCAUAUUUGGGGUAAUAAAGGUUACGACAGAAAUAUUUUGCCAGCCCAAAAUGUGGCAGUUUCUAUUGCAACCUGUGGCGAAGGUUACCACAACUAUCACCAUGUAUUUCCAUGGGAUUACCGUGCAGCUGAAUUAGGAAAUAACUAUUUGAAUGUCACGACGAAGUUUAUAGACUUCUUUGCGGCGAUUGGUUGGGCAUAUGAUUUAAAGACUGUGUCCGAUGAUGUUAUCCGACAAAGAGUUCAGAGAACUGGCGAUGGUACUGAUCUUUGGGGUUUUGGUGAUAAAAUCAAUUAUAUGGAAUCUGAAAAACAAUAG